GGAAAUGAGAUCAAAACAUCCUGAUAGAUGGAGACAAAAGAUUUCAGGGUAUGAUUAGAACGAUGAGGACAGAAAAUCCGUCAAAUCAGGCAAGGGAAAGGAUUUCGCUGAAGCUGUUUUAAUAGAUCCUGCAAGUCAGAAGUAACCUUGCUAUGUUUGUCAAUUGGUAAGGCUGACCACCUGGUCACAUAAUCAAGGCCUAGCUAGAGACAUAUCUGUGUUUUAAAGAGACCGACCAUUCCAUCAUGAAGAAGAGGGACUCAGAAGUGGUGUCCGUUUCUUCAGCAAACUCCAAGGGAUCUGAGCGUCGAAGGAAUGGAACAAGAUUUUCCUUGCGGAGAAUUUUUUACCCAACAGGAAGCAGACGUUCCAGGUCCAGAGUGAGUCUUGAUUCCGAUUCUGGUCGUUCAGAGAUGAGUCUGAGUGUACCAUCAGACAGGGACAGUAUCACUCAACAUUCCAUCACAUCUGGUGCACAGACUCAGGCAGUUAGUUGUAAGGCUACUACAGGUAAUGGAGGAUCAGCACGAGAAUGUCCACUCUGUCUCACAGAACGACAAGCAGAAGAUUUUCCAGAAAUAAUGACUUGUCACCACAGAUCCUGCAUCACUUGUCUACAGACAUACCUUAAGAUUGAGAUCACAGAGAGCCGAAUCAACAUAUCCUGCCCCGAAUGUAUAGAAAAAUUUCAUCCCAAUGACAUUCGACUGAUCCUGCAGAAUGAUUCACUCAUGGGAAAAUAUGAGGACUUUAUGGUUCGUCGAGUGCUGGUAUCAGACCCAGAUGCCCGGUGGUGUCCUGCCCCUGACUGCGGAUAUGCUGUGAUAGCUACUGGAUGUGCAGGGUGCCCAAAACUGAGGUGUGAACGUCCAGGAUGUGACACUCAUUUCUGCUACCACUGUAAACAACACUGGCAUCCUAAUAAAACAUGUGAUGCUGCACGUGCUGAACGCUCCCCAAACAUGAGAUCAGCUUCACUCAGCUACAGUCACGAUAAUGAUUCUCAAAAAGAUGAUAUCAAACCAUGUCCUAGAUGUGGUGCCUUUAUUAUGAAGAUGAACGAUGGAUCGUGUAACCACAUGGCCUGUCCUGUAUGCGGUGCCGAGUUCUGUUGGUUGUGUAUGAAAGAAAUCUCAGAUCUACAUUAUCUAAGUCCGUCAGGCUGUACAUUCUGGGGUAAGAAGCCUUGGAGCCGCAAGAAGAAGAUUCUGUGGCAGUUGGGUACACUAGUUGGGGCUCCAGUGGGAAUAACGUUGAUUGCUGGGAUAGCAGUCCCUGCCAUGGUCAUUGGUCUGCCUGUCUGGGUUGGCAGAAAGCUCCAUUCCAAAUACGAGCACAGCUCCCGUCACAAGCGGAAUCUGGCGAUAACAGGUGGCGUUACAACCUCCAUACUCGUGUCUCCUGUCAUAGCAGGAUUGGCUGUCGGUAUUGGUGUGCCAAUACUUCUGGCCUAUGUAUAUGGUGUUGUACCUAUCUCACUGUGUCGCAGUGGAGGUUGUGGAGUCACCACCACAAACAAAGGAGGUGUUCGAUUCGAAUUUGAUGAAAAUGAAACUGCAGGACAACCGAGUGUUUACACAGGUGAUAAUCAGAGUGUGGGCACUGGACACAACGUAGCCAACCCCAGUAUAGCUCCUAGUAUCGGAGAGGCAUCUGUCGGGAUGACAGGAAGUCUCAGUGCCAGCGGCAGUCACAUGGAGCGCGUAGGUGUGAUAAGAGAUGAGAGUGACAGAGACUCAGCCAGUAACCGUGCCUUGGCAGGGUCCAGUCUCAAUGGUAGUCUUUGUGGUGGAUCGUACGUUGUAGGAUGUUUUCAGAAUAAACUAGAAGUUCAGGCUGAUAUGGUAUCCAUGAACAACACCACUCUAACAAAAAGGAACAGUUUCAGCAGUGAGUCUGCUAACCUUAGUAUUGGGGAAAAGUCCACUACAAUUUCUUUUGGUGAUGAUGCAAGCACUAAAGCUCUAGCAGGAUCUAUAGCUGGGUACAGGGACAAAGACAGUGCCUCUAUAACCACAACAUCACCAUAUGAGGUGCAGGUUGAUGUGGUGUCACAGUCGUCCCGGGGACGCAACAACAGUGGAGGGAGUGGCAGUCUUAGUGCUAUUUCUUCAGAAAACAGGAACAGAAACACUUCUGGUCAGAGCUCCCCUACCUCAGGAUGUAGUACUAACAUGUGUGCAAUAGGAGGCGAGGAAACCAAAAACAAUUCCUUCAAAUGUCGGAAAUGUAAACGAUUUAAUGGUAACUAUUGUGACAAAUCCACAGAUCAGUGUGGCGUACAUUUCGCUGAGAAAGUUAGUCUUCAAAAUUUCCAGACUGACGACAUUGUAUCGCCAACACUGAGCGAAGAAUUUGUCAAGUAUUGUAGUAAGGAUAACACAAGAGACUUUGUGCGAACGAAAUUAUCGGAUCCUUUCAUGGAAAACUCUGCUCCAUUAGCAGAUACAGCAAGCGAAGAUACCCUUCCGGAGGUGGAAAGUGAUCGACCAUCAUCAGCCAAAAAGUUGGCCUCGGCUCCAAAUAGAAAGUCGAUGUCCACAUCAGCUCUUAUGAGUGAAUGCAUGAGUGCCAGUGAUGGGAGUCUUUGUAAAAGCCAGAGUCAGGAGGAUUAUAUGUUCAGCAAAAUGCCGUGUAUGGAUGGAGCUCGUCUCAGACGACUUAGUUGUGAAUUAGCACGUGAAAAUGGACGAAUUUCACCAACAUCAGAUCUUAAGGAUUGCAAUUCUGAAUCGGUUCCUUUGAAAUAAGUCACAAAUUGUAGGUGUUGGUUUGAUGUUGAACAUACUUCUUUUCGAGACAAAAUAUUUUAUCAUGAAUUUGUCAAAACCGUAAUUAAAUUAUGACUUUGACAAAAAGAAAUAAAAAGAAGACUUUAUAAUUAGACUGCGAAGCUAAAGUAGUGAAAGUUGCUGCUUCAGCUUAUUCGACCAAUCAUGGUUCAUUGACGACAACUUUCAAAGUUUAAUACCAUUGCGAUCUAUGUGGUGUUAAUUCUGUUGUAAAAUUCCAUCCAGUCUUUUUUUAAGAACCAAUUGCAAUGAGAAUAACAAGUAAGAUUGAGUUGAGAUGAAGAAUGAUGGUAACAGAUCUGUCAGGAAUACAUCUAGAGGAAACAAGAUUUGAUUUCAAUUUUCUUUCCUCAGUGAACUUUUUGUUUUCAUAAUUAAAUAGUAUUGCCAAUGAAAAUUAUUAUCAGCAGUGUAUAGCAUUUCUGUUUUACGUAUUUUCGUUAAAUUUUUGCUUCAUAAAAUGAAGCCCAAACAAUAUUUAUUAUACUUCCUGUCUUGUUAAAUGUUGUAUAAAUGAAAGUGUGUGUUGUAAGCUAAAAAUGUUCUUGUCAGAUUACAAUACUUCUAUCCCUUUUUAAGUUCAAAUCAUGUUUCAACUUAAAAUACAAAUUUAUUUCCAUCAUAUCUUUGAUGCCUUAAUCUGUCUCAGUGUAUUUGAUAUAUUACCCUCACUCUAUUGAGGAUGUACAAAACUAAACUGAUGGAGGACUUAAAAGAGCCAAUGGUUGUCAAGCUUGUAUGUUAAACCAUUCAUCUUUAACAGAUAUUUGUUUUUCCAGUUUUAUGGUUUGAAUUUUUUAUUUGUGUAUAUCUUUAUUUAUCGCAAAAAGAAACCGCUAAAAAUUCAAUGCAUUAAAAAAUAUUAUGAUAGUAUAUAUUCAUCAUACAGUCAAGUUAAGCACAAGUAUAUAUCAAAUUUUUAAUAUACCAUCAUGUUUCAUUAAACAAAUCUGUGAGAGUA